UCCGCGCCAAAUAACCAGCCAAUUUUCCUCUCAUUCCUUGCCAUAGAGCUGCAUUCUCUUCAGACGAUGACUUCAGCUGGUUCUUUGAAUUUUUCUCACAAAUGGGGAAUUUGCAAGAACCAUCGGUACAACAAGCAGUUCAAGAAUGUCAUGUGUACUCGACAGGGCAUCAUUAGAAGUGACAAACUGCAUAUAAUACCAGCCAGUCUCUCAUCGGUUGCUUUGCGACAAGAUUCUUUGAGUAUCAAUCUUUCAGUUCAAUUACAUCAGCCAUUGAGCACUGGUUCUCAUAGAUAUAAUCUACUUAAGUGCAAUUGCUUUUUGAAUCCAGACCUUGGGACUUCUGCAGUAAAGAAUGGUGCUCUUGCUUUAUCAAGCGCUUUGCAAGGUAGACCUAUUAUGUUCAAGCUACUUCCAGCAGUGGGUAUUGUCGUGUUUGCUGUGUGGGGUCUUGGGCCGCUAAUGCGUCAAAGCAGAAACAUUUUUCUUCAUAAGAGUGAUGGGAGUUGGGGAAAGAGUAACACACAUUAUGUUAUGACCUCUUAUCUUCAGCCUUUGCUGCUAUGGACAGGAGCAACACUUAUCUGCAGAGCAUUAGAUCCAAUUGUCCUGCCAUCAGAAGCUAGCCAAAUUGUUAAGCAACGACUCUUAACUUUCGUGAAAUCAUUAUCGACUGUGCUUGCACUUGCUUACUGCUUAUCCAGUGCAAUUCAACAAACACAAAACCUUUUCAUGGAGACAAAUGAUGCUACUGAUACAAGAAAGAUGGGAUUCCAAUUUGCUGGCAAAGCUGUAUACACUGCAGUAUGGGUUGCUGCUGUAUCACUUUUCAUGGAGUUGCUAGGUUUUUCUACCCAGAAAUGGCUAACUGCAGGAGGUCUUGGGACAGUCUUGCUGACACUUGCUGGCCGUGAGAUAUUCACAAAUUUUCUCUCAAGUGCGAUGAUUCAUGCAACCCGGCCAUUUAUCGUCAAUGAGUGGAUUAAAGCUAAGAUUGAAGGCUAUGAAGUUUCUGGAACUGUAGAGCAUGUUGGGUGGUGGUCACCUACAAUUAUAAGAGGUGAAGAUCGUGAAGCUAUUCACAUUCCAAACCAUAAGUUUACGAUGAACGUAGUGAGAAAUCUCACUCAGAAGACUCACUGGCGUAUUAAAACUCACCUAGCUAUCAGUCAUCUCGAUGUCAACAAGAUUAAUAGUAUUGUAGCUGAUAUGCGGAAGGUAUUGGCAAAGAAUCCUCAAGUAGAACAACAGAGAUUGCAUAGGAGGAUUUUCCUUGAAAACGUUGAUCCUGAAAAUCAGUCCCUUUUGAUUCUGGUGUCCUGCUUUGUGAAAACGUCUCAUUAUGAAGAAUAUUUAUGUGUAAAGGAAGCGAUCUUGUUGGAUCUUCUGAGAGUGAUCAGUCACCACCGGGCUCGACUUGCAACUCCAAUCCGUACAGUUCAAAAGAUAUAUAACGACUCCGACUUGGAUGGUUUCCCCUUUGCGGAUUCAGUAUUCACCCGUGGUCGAGCACCUUCAAAUCGCCCCUUGCUUUUAAUUGAACCCAAUUACAAAGUCAACGGAGAAGAAAAAUCAAAAGGCCAAAACAGCAGCAAGAAGUCAAAUAGCAAGGUAGAAGGGAACUCCAAAACCAAAGAUACACCACCGUCACCACCAGCAUCUGAUGUCAAGAGCAUUGAUAAAGUACCUUCUGAUUCAGCAGCAGAUAAGAAGCCAAACUCAGAUGAAAAACCAAACAACAAAGUUGCAGAUAGCAGCAACAAAGCAAUGGAAAGUGAGAAGCCAAGUGUAACAGAACAAAAGCCGUCGCGGCCGCCUGCAAUGGAAGAAAAUAUUGUUCUUGGUGUUGCUUUGGAUGGUUCGAAAAGAACUCUUCCUAUUGAAGAAGGAAUGGAAUUGGAUAGUGAAGUAAAGGAACUGAGUAAAAGCCUCACCACAAAAGAUAAGAAGGAUGGUAGCACAGAUAACAAGUAAACAAGUUGGCUCCCAACUCUAGAUUUUGUGACUACAAAUCUUCACGAAUUCCUUGCUGGUGGUUGGGGUAGAUAGGUUUUCGACUACAUAGGUAUGCGAUUUGAUUGGAUUGCACAUAGAUCACUGGCCAGCCACUGCUCAAAGGGGGGAAUAUGAAGGAAUUAGAAUAGUCGAUCCCAUUGACAAAAUUUGGUUAUUGCAUAUUUGCAUCUGGUUCCUUCUUUCUGGUUCAGUAAGGAAUUCAAAUUCAUGGGUGUUUGGUAAAGAAUGAUGUUAUAAGUUGAUGCUGAUGUAUCCUUGAAACCAAGCAAAUAAGCACAGAUUGUCGAAUAA